AUGCCCACCCCAGAGGCUGCCAGCGUCCGCGACGGCGACUCCCCGUCAGCAAGAGUCACCUUCGAGGAGUACACGUACUGGGCCAAGAUCACGCGCGGCGAGGAGGAAGUCAAGGCGCGCCAGUCAACCCUUGAUGUCGCGACGGCCGGUGCGGUGACGGGAGGCGCGGACGAAAAGCACAAGGAAGCUUCCGUUCAGCAGUCCGAGGCAGAGGCGCCCAAAGCGGCCGACGCCGCAGCGCCCCAGGAAGAGGAGGGUAGUGUGCAGGUUGAGCGCGGCCGACCCCGGACGACAGGCUGGAUCGCCGUCUUCUUCCUCAUCACGACAGACAUCCUUGGGCCAAUGAGCACGCCGUGGGCCUUUGCGCAGACGGGGUACGGUCCGGGUGUUGCCCUGUUCACUGUCUUUGGCGCCCUCGCCGCCUACUCCGGUUACAUCCUCUGGGAUUUGUACCUCGGCCUCGACUCGGACCGGUACCCGCUGCUCACCCUCGGCGACGUCUUUGACCGGCUGUUCGGGGCCGUGCCGCGGCGCCUGAUGAACGGCAUGCUGGCCCUGCAGAUGCUGCUGUUCGUGUCGCACGUGAUCCUGGAGAGCGGGCAGGGCAUCUCGCAGAUCUCGCAGGGUGCCGAAGGCAACCGCGGUGAUGGCUUGUGCUUCAUCGUGUGCAUGCUGCUGUACGCGGUCGUGGGCCUUGCAGUGAGCCAAAUCAAGUCGCUGCGUGGCGUGGCGUGGCUGUCCAAUGCGGCCGUCCUGGGGGUCGUCGUCUACUACCCGCCCAACUUCAAGGCGACGCAGGCAUCGUAUGGCGCGGCGUUUGGUCCGGGCCCGAUCCGGACAUUCGCCGGGUCGCCGCCGGCGGGCUUAGCCAGCGGGGGCACGGGCUUCGUGGCGGCGCUCAACGGCCUCAACAUGGCCGUGUACGCGUACGGCGGGUGCAUGGCCUUCAUCGCCUUCCUGGCCGAGAUGCGGCACCCGCUCGAAUUUUGGAAAUCGCUGCUCUGCGGGCAAGUCUUCAUCUACGCGCUGUACCUCUUCUUCGGCAUGUUUAUAUACGCGCACCAGGGCCAGUUCGCCUUCAACCCCGUCAUGCAGGGCCUGUCUCCGUACGGGUUCCAGACAGCGACCAACGUGAUGUUUUUGUUCAGCGGGCUCAUAGCGUCGACGCUGUACAGCAACGUCGGCUUCAAGUCCGUAUACUCCGAUCUGUUCGAGGGCCCGCUCGGCUUCCCGCCGCUCAACGGGGGCCGCCGCGGCCGGCUGGCGUGGGCGGCGUGCAUGCUGCUGUUCUGGGGCAUCGCGUUCGUGCUGGCGGCGGCGGUGCCGCACCUCUCGUUCGUGACUGGGUUCGUGGGCGCGCUGCUCAUCCUGACGCUCACGUACACGGCGCCGGCGGUGGUGUCGCUCGCGUUCCGGCUCCAGAGCGACGCGCUCGCGGAGGGCGAGGCCAGCUUCGACCCUACGACGCGGAGGGCGGUCGCGCGCGUGGACGCGGGAUGGGCGCGGUACUGGCGGGCGUACAAGAAGAGGCCCUGGCUCAACAGCUUCAACGUGCUGUACGCGGUGGGCGGCUUGGUGACGACUGGCCUGGGUGUGUACUCAUCGGUGAACGGGUUGAUUGCGGCAUUUGGGGGGAAGAGUGUUGCUACGAGUUUUGGGUGCAAGCCGCCAGUGUGA